AACACCCAAACCGUUUCAAUUAAGACCGCUCCUCAGUACCUGGUAGUUUCCGUUGCCUAAAUCCGCUAUAUAUUUGACAAACGCAGCUCUCCUUUUCUCAUUGUUGUUUUACACCUUUCGUUAGUUAUUUGUCAUUUUGUAUCUUCAACAAAUUGGUGACUUUCAUCCGUUGCUCGCUUGCACCAACAGCCAACAACCAACGACCAACAUUCAACUCGGGGAGAGAGUGAACGUGAUCAGCUCGGGGCCAACCUCGGGCCGCCGAUUACUUCCCUUAAUCUGACCGCCAGAAACCACAGAUCAUCAUCAACUCGUCAUCUCAUCCAUUUCAUUCUCCAACCCACACCCACACACAUCAUACAUGACGACGCACUACACAAUCCCACCCAUCAUGGACAACCAACCCCAAUUCCCAAUUAAAUCCACCGCCCUCCCAACAGCGCCAUACUCCUCGCGGGCGCCAUCACCACCAUACAUCCACGUCCCGCCACCCCUCCACCCCAGCCUCGCCAACCCGAACAACAUGAUCCUCACAAACACCAACAACCUCCCCAACAACCCCAACAGCAACCACCACCCCAACCCCAACAACACCACCACCACCGCCGCCAACGAGACAAGAGACAUCCUCAUGACCAUCCACCCGACCCCGACCGCCGUGCACACCACGGGGCUGUCGCCCGCGGACCUGGCCGCCGUCACGGGCGGCGGCGCCCCGCAGACGGCGCGCGCCUCCGUGUGGGUGUACGAGGCGCGCCGCGCCGCCCAGCCCGUGCUGGCCUUUCUCUACCUCGGCCCCGCCAGCGCCGCCAAGGACCGCGCCUUCCUCGCCCGCGAGGGCAUCACCAUGGUGCUGUGCGCGCGCGACGCGCGCUUUGCGGGAGGGGCGAUGCUGGUGGGUGGGGCGCGCCGUGCUGUGGAGGGGAUGGGGAUUGUGGUGGAGGGGAUUGAUAUCGCGGAUGGGCGGGAGUUGGUGGGGGUGUUUUCGGUCGCGGCGCGCAUGGUGAAUGAGCAUGUGCUGGGGUUGGCGAGGCAAGGGAGGAAGGGGAAGGUGUUGGUGGUUUGUGAGACGGGGAAUGGGCGGUCGGCGGCCGUCGUGGCCGCGUAUCUGAUGACGAUGUAUGGGCUGGGCAUCGUGCAGGCCGUGCAGUUUAUGCAGCUGCAGCGCUUCUGCGUCGCGCUGGGGGACGACUUCAAGUUUCAGCUGGCGACGUAUGAGGAUAUCCUCAGGGCCAAGGGCGAUGUCGGGGUCAUGAGCUAUCAGCAACCGCAGGCGCAGCAGCAGUCUGGGGGGAUGGGACAUGCUGGUGGGAAUGUGAAGAGGAGGAUCGAGCAGACGGAGGAGGCGGAAGGGGAGGGGAGCGACAAUAUGGUGUUGGAAAUGGAUAAUGAGCGGUAUGCGAGUAGAAACUUCGCGCCGUUUGUUGACCGCGGGUAUUAAGGGGUGCAAUGGCUUGGUUGCGGUCGGAACAGAAGGCAGGGUGAAAUGGGACGCGGAAUGGGAAUCUGUAUCUUUACUGUGGCAGAUGGAUCCGGGAAAAGGAGCGUCGGAGUUGGCAUUGCUUUUGAGGACAAACGGUUCGUUAUACCCAGAUAUAACGGGUGUUGCUUGGAGCUGUUAGAUAGAAGUGUAUAAUAACUGCUCACUUGGGACUGCUGAAAGUCCGGUCUCUUUCUCAGCCAAACACCUCCCCAAAUCCACCUUGGAGUUGAGACUCAAGGGUCAACUGAUCCCGGGCACAUAAGCGGCCACUCAUAAUUGACUCGCCAGCA